AUGACCUACGACCUCGCGCCCGCGCUCCCAGCGACCCAGACGCCAAAGGACUAUGCGCGCAUCCACUUCGACCCGGCCCAGGUGCCCGAGACGCGUAUCGUGGGCCUGCUGGCUUGUCAGCGCGACCCGCUUCUCCGCUCUCUGACACGCAAGAUCGUGCGCUCCGAGCAGGCCAAGACGGCGCCGGUGGCCCAAAAGGGCCGCGCGAAGAAGAAGAUCAAGUCUGGUUCUGCGACGCCUGCGACGCCCGCCGAGAGCGGGACGGCCACUCCCACCACGCCAGCAGAGCCCGCCGAGCCCGAGGGCAAGCUCUGGGAAGUCAUGCUCGAGGACACGGUGCUGUUCCCCGAGGGCGGGGGCCAGCCGUGGGACACGGGCCGUCUCUCCCUGGUGGACGCGAAUGGCUCUUCGCAAUCGUUUGCUGUCGAGGGCGUAGUCCGCCGCGGCCUUGACGCCGUACACAUUGUGCGUGUGCCCAGUUCCGCUGCAAUCGACUUUGGCACCGUCGUGGGCCAAGAAGCGACAGCCGAGGUGGACUGGGAGCGCCGCCUCGACCACAUGGCGACACAUACGGGGCAGCAUCUCCUCAGCGCUGUGCUUGACAAGAGGGGGCUGAACACGCUCUCCUGGGGCAUGCCGGCGUAUCCGUCCACGGAGGCGCCGUAUGUCGAGCUGCCGCGCGGACUCACGUGGCAAGAGGCGCAGGAGGUCGAGGACGAGUGUAACAGAUAUAUCGGCGAGGACGUCAAGGUCUGGAUCGACUUUAGCGUGCAGGGGUCGGCGACGACGGAGGAGGAGGAAAGGGAGAACAGGGGGGUUCCGAAGGAUUACUCGGGGGUGAGUUCUGGCGAGCUCGAGUUGCGGGAGGGCGGGAGGGCGACCACCGGGCCAUUUGCUAACGGGCAGGGCGUCAUUCGACACUGCAACAUCACCGCUAUAGACCGGAACGCGUGCUGCGGCACACAGCUGCCCAGUCUCUCGCCCAUCUCCUUCAUCCACGUCCUCCCGCCCUCGACGCCAUGGGACAGCGCCAAGACGACGAGCACGCCCACACGCCUCUUCUUCGUCGCCGGCCCCCGCGCCGCGCGUCACCUGCGCGAGGCGAGCCGCGCGCUCUCCCGCUCAGCCCAGGUCAUGGGCGUGGGCCGCACGGACCUGACCGAGCGCCUACAGCGCACGGAAAAGGUGCGCUUCGAGACCGCCGAAAGGGAGAAGGCACUCAAGAUCGAACUCACCCGCCUCCUGGGCCAGAGGGCGGCUGAGCAGGGGGAUAGAGCCAAGGUGGUGCGGAGUGCACCGGCCACGCACGACUAUGACGCGCUCAGCGGGGUCGCGGGGGCUUAUUGCGACGCUCGGCCACAGGGCGUCGUGGUCGCCGUCAGCUGUGCGGAGAAGCCGGCGCUUGUCGUCGUGCAGAGCAAGAAUGAGGGAGAGGCGAAGAAGGUCUUCGAUGCGCUUAAGGGGGAACUGACCAAAGAGGAUAAGAGCAGGGUUAAAGGUGGUGGUGCGAGGGGCCGGUUCAUGGCCAAGGUCGAGGGCAAGUGGGGGCCGGGCGAGGAGGAGGCCGUCGAGAAGGCGCUGGCGCAGUAG